AAUUUAUUCAUUUCCUUAAAUCUACUAGUUUGAAUUCAAAAUCGAAUGAUAUUAAAUUACUUAGAGGGGUUUCCCCAAGCAAGCUUUUAAAUAACGCCAACGGCUUAUUGCUGAUCUAAGAAACCUUUAUAGUCUAAUAAAAAGAUGAUUCUUAUGGGUUUCUGGAAUUUCUGUAGUACGUCAUUCGAAGCACAAAGGCCCCGAAAAGCAGUUGUCACUCUCAAUUUCAUUCACAAUCGAAUAAGCGAAAUAAUAGAAAGAAACAUCUUUUUGCCACCUAUUGAUCAACAAGCUUAUGCUUGAGUAUCUCAAAGACCUUCAUUAAAAUACUUAAUUGUACAUAAAACCGGUCGACGACUAUUUAAAAUAUCGAAAGCAACUUUAACAAAAGAUCUUAUCGUAGCAACGAGAACGACAGCAAUAGCAACAGCAACAGCAACGACGACAGCAACAGCAAUUGCAGCCAGAACAAGAGUUAACACAGUUAUGAGAGAGAAAGACCACUCACCAAGAAAGAUGCUUCCUAGCCCGAAACAGGGCUGUGUUUACCCUGCCUUAGGAUUAAUACCCACAUCGUAUAUAUCACAUGUACCUUAUGAUUUGUCAGCAGCAUCAGCGACCACAGCAACAUCGUCGAUGCUCAGCAACACGACAACAACAACGACAACAACAGCAUCAGCAGCAACCAGACAACAGAAAGCCAAACGAAGGAGUAGCUAUGAUCAACCACUGGAUUUACGUUUGGCCCACAAACGAAAAACGGAUAUGGGCGGAUCGGACACGGAUACGGAGAAACUGGACAAAGAGGCGGCAAGUCCCAUGGAAGAUGAAAAUAGUAAUCUGAUAAUGUUUGCCGCCGCUGCCCAACAGAAGGAUAAGGAAAUGAAUAACAAUCAUAUAGCUGCCUCUUUGGCCGAUUUGGGAUUCGAUAUGAGUCGCAAGAUGUUGCGAGCUCUGCGCGAGGGAGCAGCAGUGGCGGCAGCGGCCACAGCAACCCUCGGAAGUGGAGCUGCAUCCUUACCCUCCGGUCCGCCAGUUGUGAAUCCUACACUCUUAGAGGCCAUGACCAAGACAUUGCCUUUGCAAUAUCGAAAUGUUUUUGCACCCGCAACGUUAAGUCCCGGCCCAGGGGGAGGAGGAGGAGGAGGUCCAGGCGGAGAUUUUCCCUUUCGGCAUGCACUCAAAAAAUGUGAAUUAUCGUGGCCGCCAACGAAUGAGCAACUGCAAGCAAAUGUCAAUACUGCCAUUAGCAGUAAGCCCAGCCCCCUGACGGGGCAUACACAACUGCAGGAUUUCCAGAGUCGUCAGCAGGCACGCAAGACGAAAACGCGUGGUGGUGGUGGCGGUGGAAGUGGCCUAACCAACGCAGGUGGUGCCUCAGGCGGAAGUUCACUGCCGCAGCGGAAUAAGGAUCGUUACACGUGCAAAUUCUGUGGCAAAGUUUUUCCGCGAUCCGCCAAUUUGACGCGUCACCUGCGAACUCACACGGGCGAACAACCCUACAAGUGCAAGUAUUGCGAACGUUCCUUUAGCAUAUCGUCGAAUUUGCAGCGCCAUGUGCGCAACAUUCACAACAAAGAGCGACCCUUCAAAUGCGAGAUCUGUGAGCGCUGCUUUGGCCAGCAAACGAAUCUCGAUAGGCAUCUGAAGAAACAUGAAUCGGAUGCCGUGUCGUUGAGUGCUCUGAGUGGUGUGAGCGAUCGCAUGCAUUGCAUACGUCGUUUCUGUGAGAAUCCUACGGAAGAGUCCUAUUUCGAGGAGAUACGCUCGUUUAUGGGCAAGGUCACCCAGCAACAGCAGCAGCAGCAGCAGCAGCAACAUCAACAGCAGCAGCAGCAACAGCACCAACAGAUUCAGUCAGUGGCCACGCCUCGCAGUUCGGCGCCUUCGAGCGCCUCUUGCUCAUCCUCCUCGCAUACGCCGACAUCCUCACUGACGCCCACGCAAUCCGAAUCACCAGACAAUCAUCAACUAGGACGACGCACAAUGCCUGCCGAUGAUAUCAGCGAACAUCCUGCCGCCAGAACAUCUUCUCUCGCCGACGAUGAGGAAGACUCAAAGCCCAUACUAGAGCUAAAGAAGACUCUGACUUCUAAACUAUUUCCCAUGCCACCAUCCACUACUGCGGCAACGUCCAACUUAACAAACUCCCUGCUCGAAGAGGAGCCCUAAUCAAUCCUACUACACAAACAAACAAACAAACACACACACACAACUCUUUUUCCUAUCUAAAAAACAUGUAUCCCUAAAACAACAACAAAAAUAUGUCUAACCACAUGUUUCGUCUUUAAUAUCGUCUAGAUGUAAAUACUUAAAUCAUAAAUGUUGUAUAUGUAAAUGUGAAUGUAUCUUGUACAAA